CACACUAGUACUGCCACGAGCCUCUGUCCAUUGUCCGCCAAAACAAGCAUCUGACUUUAAAAUACGUGGCCCAAGUGGUAAACAUGGCCAAAGGCGAAAUAUCAACCGUUGAUUCCGCGCCCUUCUGGCCUCCGAACGCUCCUCCGUUCUUCGUUGACCAUUCCACUCCUCAGUGUCCCCGCGCGUUCAUUGCUCUCUACUUCUCGACCAAGAAGCCGCGUAGCGAUUCCAACGCGCACCCAGCUAUGUAUCCCUUCGCCUCGUUGCCUGUGGGCCCGGCCCAGAGGGACAAGACUCCUCUGCGCGACCCCCAAGAAACUGCGCUCCGCAUGCCUAACUCGACGCCUGCCCAGCCGAGCGCGCACAGCGUCCUCAGCAGGGAAGACGGCAUCAAGAUGCAGAGGCACGAUGACUGGGUCAAGAAGCACUUCCGCGACAAAAUCGUGUGGAACUUCGACCCAGCGAAAUUCAUCCAGGCUGUCUGGGGCUUUGGGCCCGACGAUGUACCGACGAGAUGGUGUAGCAACACGGGCAGACGUAGCAGAAACUCCGCCCCGCUCUCCUUUGACGAGGCGCCUAAGCGUGUCUACAUACUGGAGCGGUGGGAGAGGGAGUGUUACGAGCCGCUGGCGCAGAUAGCUAACGGGCUGCUGGACCAAAUGUACGGCCCGAAGAGCAGCCAGCGGCGCGAACGUCGCGCGUUACCGGCGCAAUUCGAGAAACGCGACACGAAGUACGAAGGCGCCUACACGGAGGAGAAGGUCGAUAUGAGCUUCAGCACGGUGGCAUUGACUCCUGGAAAGUGGCCGCAAUGGGACUUCGAGGCCGCUUUCUUGGAGGUCAAGAAGACGAAGAUUGGCAAGCUACCGAACCCCGCAGCGCCGCAGCAGGUCAAUACGGCCGCAGGUCGGGCCACGAAGAAAGGAAAGCGCAAACGAACGUCGGCAGAGGAGGGGACCAGGCUACCGAAGGCGAAGCGAGCGUGUACGCCCACGGAUGGCUCGGAGAGAGCCCAGGAUGGUCCCGCCGCCGACCACACACAGGCAAAGGCAGACGCGGAGCACGUCGAGGACAAGGACGACCCCGUGCGACCUCAGGAGUUCGACCUGACGCACAACGAGGCACAAGCGGUGCGAUACAUGAACCACAUGAUGUCGUCCAACGUGCGGUCGUUCGGAAUCGGCUGGCUGGUCGAGGACGCCAACAUGCGCCUGUAUUAUGGCGAUCGCAUGGGCAUCGUCGUGACGAGGAAGUUCAAGUUCCUUCGCGAAGAAUCUGGGCUUUUCAUGAGAUGCAUUGCGGCUAUGGGCCAGGCGAGCGUGCACGGUAUGGGGAUUUUCCCCGAUCUGCAUUUUUCGAAGAACGAGGAAGAGGAGACGGAGUUCGAUUCAUACGAGGGCUCUCGGUUGCGUAUAAGGGCGCGGCGGCCUGAUACCUCCGAGCCCAAGCCCGAGCCUUUCGAGUUCGACGUCGACGUCGACGGCGAGGCGAAACGGAUCUACACAGAGUUUGGAGUGCUGGGUCGGGGCACCAGCGUCAUCCCGAUCAAGGCAAGACCGGACACGCUCGCGUACAAGUACUUCAAGGCCGAAGACCUCGUAGCGAAGAUUUCCUGGCCACAUGCGCUGCGCAAGGCGGAGGACUCCCUCAUUACCGCCGUGCGUACGAAGCUGGGCCAGACGAAGCGGCAGUAUCUACCGCACAUCGUGGACCUCAAAUGCUCCGUGACGCGUACGAUCGACGAAAUGAAGCUGCCUCGGGCUGCGAUGGGCCUCGACCGUGAUGAGGCUGACGAACGCGUCUGUCGGGUGCUGGUAAUGUCGUGCUACCAACGGCUCGAGGUGGUCGAGUCUGUUGACGACUUCAAGAAGGUGUACGUCGACGUCGUGCGAGCCCACUACUGGGUAUGGACGACGUCGCGCAUUCUGCAUCGUGAUAUCAGUACGAACAACAUCAUGUGGUACCGCAUCGACGGCAAGCUGUAUGGCGUUCUCUGCGACUGGGAUCUCGCGGAGGAGAACAUCGACGGCGGCAUCCCAUCGACGCGCGCUCACGAGUAUGCUGUCGCUGACGGACCACCUGCAUCCGCGUCGAACAAAGAGGUUCAUGGCUCCGCCUCUGCGACACAGGCCGAUGCGGCGGAAUCUGAGUUGAGCGAUUCGCCGAAGAAGCCGAGGUACCGCACUGGCACGGGUCCGUUCAUGGCCCUGGACCUCCUGCGCGAGGGACCGGCCCCAUUCCACCUCUACCGCUACGACCUUGAAGCCUUCUUCUACGUGCUCGCGUAUGUCGGUGCGGUGUGGGAUCCGGAGAACCACAAGUUUGGCCACCUAAGCGCAUGGGAGCAGGAAACAUUAGUGGAUAUUGGGCGACGCAAACAAGAGUUCCUGAAGGUCCGCGCUGUCUAUGACAGAACGUUCGAAGCUGCCCAUCCGACUCUGAAGCAUCUGGCGGCUUAUGAGCCACAGCCAGGCUGGAUCACGAGCCUCGCUGCUCAAUUCAGCGUGAUCGAAAUGCAUACGAGCACGAUCGAAUCCUUGAGCUUCCAGGGCGGUAUCAGGCAAGGUACAAAGUACAAGGAUAAGAUCAAGAGGAUUGAGGCCGAACGGGAGACCGAAAUGUCGUACGAGAUAUUCAUGGAGAUCCUGGGAGCACCUCUUGAUAUCUAGGAUGAUAUUAUGGGCGAAUGGUUACCGUGAUAGAUGUUUCCGAGUAUCAGAAUUCCUUAGUCCCCGAGGGAAAGCAUGUGUAAACGACCUAUGUCUAUAGUCUGAACGUCGAAUUGGAGCAUCUUGCAUCUUGUGUUCAUGUCAAUGCAUCCCGACCUCACGC